UUGUUGUUGUUGUUGUUGAUGACGACGAUGAUGAUGUUAAUGUUGUUGGUGGGGGUGGCGGUGGUAAUAGUGAUGGUGGUGGUGGUGCACAAGUUAAAAGCACAUGACGAUCCAGUGAAGAGGGACUCUUGCAGUGUUUUGCUGGUUGUAACUAAAAAAAUCAAUCCAUGAACGGUGUUUGUGCAUUAAUUGAUUUCAGUGGACGUGCAAAGUCUGUGUGUGAUUAUGUGCGACGAAACAAGCAAAUUCCUUCUUCAUUUGUUUAGUAGCGUCUUAUCACGACGGGCGUGGUUCUGUUUAAGGAUCUGAGUUUGUUGUUUUGACUCGGCCAACAACACAUUCCCAGGGUGAAAGGAAGGAAAGGUUAUCGCUGCCCGCGUCCAGGCCAUUAUAAAUAUUGGUGAGGGUCAAACUGACUGAUUGACCACCAGCGUCAGGAACAGCAGCGAUGCUAGGUCCGGCGUCAGCUGUGAUGGUGUGUGUGUUGGCGGCGGCGACGACAGCGGCUCAGGGCACCGCCAGCGUAGCGGCGACUCCGGUGGGCGAGGAAGGGAAGGCGCAGGUAACCCGGAGAACAGUGUAUCUCUUCCCCGGCACCAAGACACUCACGGUUUUUAAUCUGGUGCAGGUCAAGAGCACCACCUACGCCACCUGCCUCGCCACCCAGGCCGACCUGGCGCCCUGCUCCCCCCAGGCUUCUGCCCGAUACUACGUGGCCACGCCCCUGGCCCUCGGCCCCACUGCCGUGGCUGAGGCGGGAACACCCAUAGAAAUACACGACAGCGGCGACGCGGCGGACACCAGCAACAGAGGCAUCCUGUUCCACAUCCCUGUGGUGCUGCCCUUCAAACAAGAGGUCAAGACUUUCACCACCGCCCUUGUCACGGCCACCGUCAAAGAUCCCAAUGUCACUGUUACGUUACAGGUAACCGGUUGCAAUCCCCCAGAGCUUCCAAUCAAAGAUAAGUUUGAGCCCUGCCCGGCGCCCUCCGACAUUAAUAUAUAGACUAGUCUCGGACCACCAACACCAACACAGCCGAAGCCACUGACGCCACCACAGCCGCAGACGCCACCGGAACUGAAGCCGCCGCCACCGAGCCGCCUAUAACUGCUGCUGAAGCUCCGACCACGACUGCCCCUGAGAGAACGACGCACACCGAACCCCCUACUACAGGUGCUGUGUAAGGUGUUGGCGAGGAAAUGAUGCCCCGCACGGUCAAGGGCUUACCUGAUCCUCCGACGAGGACUAGGUCUGCCUCCUAUGCGUCCUCCGAAACUACUCUUCACCCUUGUUAUAAGAACGCUGACAAUGGCACGAGAUUCCCCAUACCAGCGGGGAAGGAGGCAUGCACCCACCAAGGUCAAAGUAACCAUGCAGUGUCCUUAUCCCAGUAUUGUUUAACCAUGCUCCCUACGAGCCACGCUGAUCAUACGACGACCAGUGAUUGCUACAACUGCACCCACAAACACAUUACCGUGGUAGGCCGGCCACCACGCCUGUGAUUAUCUCGCAGGACACUACCCAAGGGAGUAGCAUCUACUAGGCCGCCAUAGUGGAUAGUUUAUUACUAAAAACAUAUUUUGCAUGCCGUUUCUUAUAUAUCUUAUACUUUGUCUUAAUUUAUGUGUAACAGAGGCUGAACAAACCAGUAAUACAACAUAUGUAUGCAUC